CUCGGCCUCUCCCACAUUCGUGCAGUUAUCGAUCGCUUGCACUCGCGAAUAGACGACUUCCAGUCGUGCCUUGGCUAUGCCAACACGCGGACGACGAUGACGAUGCGCACCACGAUUAUUACAGCAGUGCUCCUAAGCCUGGCUGCAGCCCUCACGCCACCGGCGCGCCCGCCACUGAAAGCGCGCAUCACCAGCGCCUGGCGCGCCCGGGCCGACGCGGAUCCGAAAUUCCGCCAGAAGCUCGCGCUCGAGGCGGCCCUGGCCUGCGCGCUGCAGACGACGGCCGAGGUGCAGCGGCGGGGUAGAGCGUUCGGCCGCGAGGCGGACUACGUCGUGGCCGGCGUGCUGACCGCCCUCGCCGGUAAACUAGUGGCCUCGUUCCAGGCGGCGCCGUCGACCCAAGGCGCCGCGGCCACGAACGCGUUUCAACCCGACGUGCCGUUGCACGCCCGCGUCGGCGCCGUCGUGCGGCCGAUGCCGCGGUUGUUUGGCGUGGGCUUCGCGGCGGCGGCCCUUGGCUACGGCCUGACGGACUGCCUUACGCGCCUGCGCGACCUGUGUGGCAUCGCUGUCGUGGCGCCGCCGCGCGUGCCGAUUCUAGGCGCGGCCGUCUACACGGGUUUUUUCGUCGCGCUGGUGUCGAACGGUUCCUACCAGAUCCUCCAGGGCCUGGUGGAGCGCGGCUGGUGGGGCGACCGGCGGGCGCUCCUCUUCGUCGGCCGCGCGGGACGGUCGCUCAUGGCGUCGGCGCUCGCGAUCCGGGGCAUGCAGAUGUCGGGGCUGCAAGCGGUGACGCUCGCGCCGCCGCGAUGA